AUGCCCCACCCCAAUUCGCCGCCUCAAUCCACCAACCCCAUCCCCCUUCCCGAUUCCCUGCCCAUCCCACGCCAUGCAGAGCUGCAGGAUCGGAUGGAUGCCACGUGGCGCAGCGACAGCAGGCGUGCGUCAGCAGCUGCUGACGUCAACGUGUACAGGUGGCAGCAGCUGGAGGCCACCACGCGAGCUGCGGCUAAGAAGGUUACCACCCUCCCUCAGUUGUAUCUUAUAUUGGGCUGCUAUGUAAGGGCUGCUGUGCGCCCCAUUUUCUUCCGUUCACAUCCCUCCCUGCGUGCAGAAUGUGCCGCCAGCCGAGCCGAGGAAGACUGCAGAGGAGAUAGUGAUUGCAGUCUUCCUCGGAAAUGUGACAUCGCACCCUCGCCUCUGAGUGUGCUUCUGAUGCGCCUCCGAAAUGGUCCCUGCUGCUUGCUCGUUGCCCUUUCUCCUCCUCCCUCUGUGCAGAAUUUGUCCCUCAGGAAAGCGGUGGAGGAGAUAGUAUUUGCCUUCACGUACCCUCGCCUGGAUCUGGAGGUGUCGAAGCACAUGAACCAUUUGCUCAAGGCCCCGUUCUGCGUGCACCCCAAGACAGGUGCCGUGUGUGUGCCCAUUGAUCCGGCCAACUGUGCUGACUUCGAGCCAAGCCAAGCCCCGACACUCAAUCAGGUGCUCUUAUCUCCCUCGUAA